AUGGAAACUGAGGAGUUUAUUUUAGCAAAGACUGCUGAAUUUAUCUCCUCAGAAGAUUGGUGGGGACCAAUUAUAAAAUUCAUGUAUAAAAAUGCAGAUAAAUUCAAGACAGAUGGAUACACUGCUGAAAAAUAUCAAAUUUUUCUUCAAUUUUCCGAAAUAGUUUGCAACUUAUUCGAUAACAGUGUAUCAAAGUAUGCUCAUAUAAGCGAUAAUUCAUUAGAAUGGACAUUACUAAGCUGUGUUAAAAGUUUGAAAAUACAAGCACUCGUAAUUGCAGAUAUAUUACAGAAAACUCUAUCGUUUGAAGAAUUUUAUAAGCAAAUGAAGACAAUUAACAAUAAUAUUGAUUAUGAUAUCUCUUUGGUUUUGAAACAAUUUGAAGAUCAAUUGAAAAAUCCAGAUGUUGAUAAAGAUAAAUUAGCCAUUUUGUUUUCUCAAGUAGUUGCAAGAGCUCAAAAUGAAAGAAUAAAACACGUAAUCGAAGAUAGCUGCAAAAAUACGAAAGAUUUAGUGAAGGUUAGUCCUAGAAAUAAAAGACAUCAUACGAGAUAUCUAAAUAAUACUCGAAAAUCACCUAAAAAAGAAAAUCAGCCUCCAAAAAUUCCAAGUGAUUUGGAAAAGCAAAUCGAAGAAACACUAAAUGACCAUUACACUCCUGCACCUCCUACAACAGAGAAGAAUGGAAAUCCGCAUCGGAAUUUUAAUAAAUCUAAAAAGCCAGAUAUGUCAGAAGAAAUUGAGAAAAGACGAGAGUUUUAUCGUCAACAGCGUGAGAAAAUGAGGAAUCUUAAAACAACUCCGGUUCAAAAUCUGGAAAAAUCCAAUUUACCAAAGCUUAUUAAGAAUAGACAAUACUUUGGCAAUAGCUCAAAUUUACCUCCGAUAUUGUAA